AUGCGACUUCGCGAUCUCACAUCACCGGGCGUGGUGCUCUCAACCCUCCUCCUCCUCACACCAUGUCCUUCAUCAGCGUUCUACCUCCCUGGCGUAGCACCGACGUCUUACAAGUACGGCGACGAAGUGCCCCUACACGUGAACCACCUGACGCCCGCCGAAUCGCAAAAAGACGCUCAGGUGCGGUCCGUCUUCUCCUUCGACUACUACCACUCGAGGUUCCACUUCUGCGAGCCAGCGGGCGGAGCAAAAUACAUCUCAGAAUCGCUGGGGAGCAUACUGUUCGGGGACCGGAUACAGACGUCGCCAUUCGAUCUGCGUAUGGGCAAGAAUGAAACCUGCAAAGCAGCGUGCUCGGAACAGAAGUUUGCCCCACGAGAAGCGAAGUUCGUGAACAGGCGGAUAUGGCAAAGCUACAAUCUCAACUGGCUGGUUGAUGGGCUACCGGCUGGACAGCUACAAUACGAUCCGAAUACUAUGACGCAGUUCUACAGCCCCGGGUUUGCUCUCGGCUCUGUGGAGAACGAGCAGCCGAGGCUCAACAAUCACUACGACAUUGUGAUCGACUUCCACCAGCCGAGCAGGGACACCUACCGGGUAGUUGGCGUGUUGGUGGAGCCGCGCUCACUGAGAGAUUCGAAAAUGAUCGGAGACGGAAAAGCCGAAUGCGGAGAUCCGAAAGAUCCGCUUAUACUAUCGGAGAAAGAGUCGACCACCGCGUUGUACACGUAUAGUGUGUAUUGGCGGCCAUCCAAGACGUCGUUUGCUACUCGAUGGGACAAGUACCUGCACGUUUACGACCCGAGCAUUCACUGGUUCUCGCUCAUCAACUCUGCCGUCAUCGUUGUCUUCUUGAUAUGCAUGGUGGCAACCAUCUUGAUCCGGACGUUGAGGAAGGACAUCGCCAGAUACAACCGCCUAGACGAGCUCGCCUUGGAUGACCUAUCAGGCACAAGCGUGGUUGAAGAGGGUGUGCAAGAGGACUCCGGCUGGAAGCUCGUCCACGGCGACGUCUUUAGACCACCGAAGCAUCCUCUCCUGCUCAGCGUGCUCCUCGGCAACGGAGCCCAGCUCUUCAUGAUGACUGGAUUCACAAUAGUAUUCGCCCUCCUCGGCUUCCUCUCCCCCUCAAACCGCGGCUCCCUCGCCACCGUGAUGAUCCUCCUCUACACGCUCUUCGGCUUCAUCGGCGGCUACGUCUCCGCGCGCACCUACAAGCACUUCCGCGGCGAGUCCUGGAAGCUCAACUUCGCCUACACGCCCCUGGCUCUUCCGGGGCUCGUCUUCAGCACCUUCUUCCUGCUCAACCUCUUCGUGUGGGCCAAGGCCGCCUCCGGCGCCGUGCCCUUCGGCACCAUGGUCGUCAUCGUCGGUAUCUGGUUCCUCAUCUCCGUCCCGCUUUCCCUGACGGGGUCGUGGCUUGGCUUUCGCGCGCCCGUGGUCGAGGCGCCGGUCCGCACGAACCAGAUCCCGAGACAGAUCCCGCCCGCCGGGGGGUAUUUGAGGCCGCUGCCGAGCAUGUUGCUGGUGGGCGUCCUGCCGUUCGGCGCGAUCUUUGUCGAGCUCUACUUCAUCAUGAACAGCAUCUGGUUCUCCAAGGUGUACUACAUGUUCGGCUUCCUGUUCGUGUGCUUCGGGCUCAUGAUCAUGACGUGUGCGGCGGUCACGGUGCUGAUGGUGUAUUUCUUGCUGUGUGCGGAGGACUAUCGGUGGCAGUGGCGCGCGUUCAUGACGGCGGGCGCCAGCGCGGUCUAUGUGUUUGCGUAUUGUUUGGUUUAUUGGGUCAGGACGAUGGCGUUUUCGAGCGUUACGGGCGCUGGCUUGUUUUUAGGGUAUAGUGCGUUGAUCAGUGUGCUGUUUUUUGUGCUUACGGGCACGAUUGGGUUCUUUGCGAGUUGGUUUUUUGUGCUCAAAAUCUAUGGGUCUAUCAAGGUCGAUUAG